AUGGCAUUGCUCCUGUGGCUGGAGUCCCAGCUGUCAUUCUGCUGGAGCAACAUCUCUGUACUGGGAGUUUUUCUUACAGUCUUUACUUUACUACUUGACUUCAUGAAGCGCAGGAAGAAGUGGAGCCGUUACCCUCCGGGCCCAGUGUCGCUACCAUUCCUUGGGACUAUGCUGCGCGUUGACUUCCACAAUCCCCACCACUCCUUCAGCCAGUUUCACAAGAAGUAUGGAAACAUCUACAGUCUCCAGAACUGCUGGGACAAUGUGGUAGUGCUGAAUGGGUAUAAAACCGUGAAGGAAGCCCUGGUGCACAGAUCAGAGGACUUUGCUGACCGGCCAUACUUCCCAAUAUAUGAACAUAUGGGCUACGGAAGUAAAUCUGAAGGGGUUGUUUUUGCAAGAUAUGGACAUGUCUGGAAGGAGCUAAGGAAAUUCUCGCUCUCUACUUUGAGGAACUUCGGGAUGGGAAAGAAAUCCUUGGAGGAGAGAGUGGUAGAAGAAGCUGGAUUUCUGUGCUCUGCAAUCAAUUCUGCAGAAGGUCGUCCUUUCAAUAUACAUUCUCUUGUAUUUAAUGCUGUCUGCAAUGUGAUCUGCACCACCGUCUAUGGAGAGCGUUUUGACUAUGGUGAUGAGACAUUCAAGAAGCUGUUACAUUUGUUCAAAAAGUCCCUGGAGGAUGAAAUCGGAUUCCUGCCUCAGCUUCUUAACGUGGUGCCCAUUCUGUUGCGCAUCCCCGGAGUGCCACAAAAAGUCUUUCAAGGGCAAAAGGCAUUUAUGGACUUCAUAGACGUGCUCAUCAAAAAGCACAUGGAGACGUGGAACCCUGCUCACGUCCGAGAUCUCACUGAUGCGUUUUUACAGGAAAUGAAGAAGGGUAAGGCAGCUGAAGAGAAUGGUUUCAGCUAUAACAACCUUCGUCUGGUGACUGCAGACUUGUUUUCAGCUGGUUCUGAGACCACUUCCACCACUCUGCGGUGGGCAUUUCUGUACAUGCUUCUGCACCCAGAAAUACAGAGGAAGGUCCAAGCAGAGAUUGAUAAGGUGAUUGGCAGAGAGAGACCACCCACCAUGCAGGACCAGGCGAACAUGCCCUACACUAACGCUGUGAUCCAUGAAGUGCAACGCUAUGGGGAUAUCGUUCCUGCUGGACUACCUCACAAGACGUACCGGGACACUGAGUUGCAAGGCUUCUUCAUUCCCAAGGGGACGACGAUCAUCACCAACUUGUCUUCCGUGCUGAAGGAUGAGACAGUCUGGGAGAAGCCAAAUGAGUUUUACCCUGAACACUUCCUGGAUGCGAACGGGCAGUUUGUGAAACGAGAGGCCUUCCUGCCUUUCUCAGCAGGUCGCCGUGUCUGCCUGGGCGAACAGCUGGCCAGGAUGGAGCUCUUUAUUUUCUUUACCACUCUCCUGCAGAAAUUCAGCUUUGUUCUCCCUGAGGACCAGCCCAAACCACGGGAGGAUGGUCUCUAUGCCUUGAUAAGCUAUCCACACCCAUACCUGAUGCGAGCUGUCCCAAGAUAA